GUAGAUAGUGUGUUGGUGACAAGUGAAAGAAAAACCUUUCAAUUCUCUUUUCAUUCAGAACAUUCGAAGGACGUUUGCAGACUUGAUUGAGUACCUUUGAGGUCAACAAAUAGGAAUAUGUGAACACUCGAGUCUAGUAUCGGCAAUCAAGUUUUGUUUCCUUGAAAAAAUACUUUUGAAACCACCUUUGACUUGAAAGAAUUGAUUUUGCAGCACGGGCGGGAGCCUCUUUAGAGCAGCAACAUCUGCUAUCAAGAUUUCUUUUGAAUCAUGGUCUGGGAUUUAUCCUUUUUGCUCCACGGGACAUGAAUGAGAGCAGCGUGGCUGACAGCGGUUGCAGUUGAUGAGAAAAGCUCGUGAGCGGACAGAAACGUGCUCAAUGCAUCUCCAUCAGAGGAAUUGAACAGGAGGAGGCACCCUGAGGACACGCCGAGCCCCGAGACUUUUAUUUCUAUUUAUUUAUUAUUUAUUAUGUAUUUAUUAAAUAUGGGGCGCCCAAUCCUGCUGACUCUCACCGUCAUGUCCAUGCUGCUGUGCCAGGGGUUUUGUUCGGGAGUGUUUGAGCUGAAGCUGCAGGAGUUCCUAAACAAGAAGGGAGUACAAGGAAAUAAAAACUGCUGUAAGGGAGGCCGCCUAACUUCGUCUUUUCAGCAGCAGUGCGAGUGUCAAACCUUCUUCAGGAUCUGUCUAAAGCACUACCAGCCCAACGCCUCCCCGGAGCCACCCUGCACAUACGGCGGAGCUGUGACGCCCGUACUCGGCUCCAACUCGUUUCAGGUCCCUGAUGUCAUCCCGGAGAACUCAUUCGCAAACCCCAUCAGGAUUAACUUCGGCUUCACGUGGCCAGGGACCUUCUCGCUGAUCAUUGAGGCGUUACACACCGACUCCAAAGACGACCUCUCCACAGAGAACCCAGACCGCGUCAUCAGCACCAUGAUCACACAGAGGCAUCUGACUGUGGGAGACGUCUGGUCCCAGGACCUUCACACCGGCGGAAAGACGGAGCUCAAGUACUCAUACCGGUUCGUGUGCGAUGAGCAUUACUACGGGGACGGCUGCUCGGUGUUCUGCCGGCCCAGAGACGACGCGUUUGGACACUUCACCUGCGGAGAGCGCGGAGAGAUUGUGUGCGACGCCGGGUGGAAGGGACAGUACUGUACUGAACCUAUUUGCCUACCAGGCUGUGACGAGGAACACGGCUUCUGUGAGAAACCUGGAGAGUGCAAGUGCAGAGUGGGUUUCAAGGGCCGCUACUGCGACGAGUGCAUUCGCUACCCGGGAUGCCUGCACGGGACCUGCCAGCAGCCCUGGCAGUGCAACUGUCAGGAGGGCUGGGGGGGACUCUUCUGCAACCAAGAUCUCAACUACUGCACUCACCACAAGCCCUGCAUGAAUGGAGCCACUUGUAGCAACACUGGCCAGGGCAGCUACACCUGUUCUUGCAAGCCCGGCUUCACAGGGUCCAGCUGUGAGAUCCAGGUCAAUGAAUGUGCUGGAAACCCGUGUCGCAACGGAGGAAGCUGCACUGAUUUGGAAAACACAUAUACCUGCACUUGCCCCCACGGUUUCUAUGGCAACAACUGCGAGCUGAGUGCCAUGACGUGUGCUGAUGGGCCCUGCUCCAACGGUGGCCGCUGUGCUGACAACCCAGACGGAGGAUACUUCUGCCAGUGCUCCACGGGGUACGCAGGGUUCAACUGCGAAAAGAAGAUUGACCACUGCACCUCGGCUCCAUGCUCCAACGGUGCACGUUGUGUUGAUCUCGUCAACUCGUACCUGUGUCAGUGUCCUGAUGGUUUCACUGGCAUGAACUGCGACCUGACUGGGGAAGAGUGUUCAUUAUACCCUUGCCAAAACGGUGGAACAUGCCAGGAAGGUCCCAACGGCUACACCUGUACCUGCCCACCAGGAUACACGGGCCGCAACUGCAGCUCACCCAUCAGCCGCUGUGAACACAAUCCAUGCCACAACGGUGCCACCUGCCAUGAACGAAACAACCGUUACGUCUGUGCCUGUGUUCCCGGUUACGGCGGCAGAAACUGUCAAUUCUUGCUCCCGGAGCAUGCUGCCAUCCGUGGGACCGAGGUGCCCUGGAUGGCCGUGGGGUCCGGUGUGGCCCUGGUGCUACUGCUGCUGGCAGGCUGCGCAGUACUUGUAGGAUUUUUCAGAUCGAAAGCCCAGCGUGGAGGUCCAGUAGAAACAGUCGGCGAGGUAGAGACAAUAAAUAACCUAACAAACAAUUGUCACCGCAGUGACAGGGACCUGGCGGUCAGCAUGUUGCCGACACCAGGUGUCAAAAAUAUCAACAAGAAGAUGGACUUCUGCAGCGCUGACCCCGAUGAAGGGUCUUCACCAGGGAGAAGCAGCUACAAGAGCCGGCAUCAACCUGCAGACUAUAACCUCGUACAAGAGGUCAACUAUGAGCAGGCGGCUAAAGAGGCCAUGCUGGAGGCGGCAUGCGAGGACAAGUGCCAAUCCCAAUCCCUGGACUCGUUUGAGUUUGAGGAGAAACGCAGCAAACGUUUAAAAAGUGAUGCAUCAGAAAAGAAAGCCCCAGAAAUGUCUGCAUGUGCGGACACCAAGUACAAAUCUGUGUUUGUGAUGUCAGAGGAAAAAGACGAAUGUAUAAUUGCAACUGAGGUGUAACGAGCCACCAGUGGGCUGCCCGUUGCUCUUUUGCUCUAUGGGAGAGUUUUUAUACUCCUUCAGAUGCUGCUCUAAACCCUAGGGGGAGGUGUCCCGCCUUGAGACUGCUGCUGAUACUGAGACGUUUAACUGAUAUUCAGAGUGAGCUGGUUCUCUACUGGAAACUAAGCGCAGGCAGCGGCGGCCUGUGGGAUAAGAACUGGCGGGGUAUAAAAUAAAUAAAAAGUUUACGGUUGAAAGUAAACUGCCACUUAGCUUUCUGUUCUGCCUUUUAUCGGGGAGUGGGGGUACAAAAAAAUUAAAUAUAAAAUGGACAUUGUUUCGUGGUGAAAGCGUGCGAUGCCACGAUUUUUUUGUUUUUUUGCAACAUUUGCACCCAGGCCUUUUCUCUAACCCACACGCCGUUGCUGAGCGCAGGAACUGCAUCAAACGGUGGAUGUUUGGCCAUACUGGCCUGUUCUUCAUGAGGCUGUUCACAUGGGCUGUGCACCCAUCACCUGUGAAGACUGUAUGUAUACUUGAUCACUGUGUUAACUGAAGUGCGUUUUCUUCCCUAAGCCCUCCAAACCAUUUAUGACAUAGUAUUGUUCAUUUUUUUUCAUUUCUUUUUCGGGAUAUGAAAACUUUUGUCUUAAUUAAAAUAAAAAAUGUUGCUUUUUGAUACAGAUUGUCCUUUUGUAAAAUAAAAGAAAAAAAUCAAGAAAA